CUAGGAGUUCUGAAAAAUAACGAGUUCCACAAACAGAAAACUGUUGCUGCUAGACAGAGAUUUAGGGUCAUGGAGGGAGACUCUUAGGAAGCUGCUUGCUUGCCUUUGGCUGGUGGCCCUUGUGUCUGUUAGUGUGUGUGUAACACAGGCUAAUACAAUGAAGACCCACCCGGUGGUGGAAGUGGUUCCACAGCUCCUGGAAUAUAAACUAGAGUACUCUCCAGAUCUGCGGUGUGACAAGCAAACAGACUUGGUGCCUGUUUGCUAUCAUUGCAAAUCCUGCAUCUUGUCCUGGAAGGCUCUCUCUACCCGAGAGUGGUUUGUGCGGGCCAGCCAUAUUUCUAAGGGGCAAUUCUUGAAGGGGAUCAUAAAACGGUUCCAAAGCCAAGACCUCUUGAAGUAUGCCUGGAACCUCCUGCAGUCCACCAAUAGCAAGGAUUUCACCUACAGCCGUUCCUGCGUCAGCUCCAGCUUCGCAGCAUCUUCCACCUUGGACCGGGCACUUAAUCCGAAGAAACUGGAGCAUGCCAUGGAAGACCUCUGGAAGUGGUUCUUAAAUGCCAGUUUCUGGAGCAAAGCAAACUACCUCUUGCUUCUGCUGCAGAUGUGUGAUUCACAGUUGUUGCUGAUGGCUGCCAACCUGGUUAGCAUCCUCUUGAGCCAAGAUGAGGCCACUUGCAAAUCGGCGGACAACAAAACAGGUAAUACUAAUGUAUUAGGGGGCUGAAGGUGCUAUCUCUGACUCUCAACCAGACAUCCCAGUAAUGUGUGGAGGGGAAAAUGGACAGUAUCCUUUACUAUUGUGCUAAUUCUCAUUGCAUAGAUCUGUGUGGGGCAGCCGGCAUCCUAGUUGCUUGUGGUCAACCAGCGAAACUGAAUGAACUGUCCCAGCUUACGUUGCUCAAGGUUCUAGUUACAUUCAGAAGUUCAUGUGAAGAGGUGGGUGUGGUGGGGAACCUCCAGAUGCUGCUGGACUUCAAUUGCCAUCACCUCUGGGUGGGUCAGAUGGGAGUGGGAGUCCAAUAACAUCUGGAGGGCCAUAACUUCCCCAUACCUGACUUCAGAGAGGACCAUGUUAAGUGUAGCUUGGAACUGCUCUUCCUUUGGUUGCAGACUAAAGAGCAAAGAAGCUAGAUAUAGAAUCUUUUCCUGUGAAAUGUUUGUCUCUUACUGUUUUGUUUUUUCAUUUUUUUCUAUCUCCUGUGUUAUUUAAAUCUUUCCAGCUGUGCCAGAUGAAGAUCAAACAAGCAAGGAUGUGAUUCCUCUUAAGAAGCAAGAGAAAUCUAUCUCCCAGGUUCGGAGCCACCUCACAUCUCACACCUCUGGUUUUACCUCGGGGGUUGCUUCAGAGAAGAGUGACUUAUUUGGUAUUAUUUAAUUCUGUUUAUCCAUCCAUCCAUUUCCCAUUCCUAAUACAGUCAUACCUCUAGUUGCGUUAGGUUUACGUUGCGUUUUUUGUGGUUAUUAACACAGCAAACCAGUAAGUGUUUACUUCCAGGUUCGCCACUUUGUGCAUAAGUGAUCUGCGUGCUUUGUGCAUGUACAGGAGUGAUCUAUCACGUCACGCACAUGCACAGAAGUGGCGCUUUACUUACGGACUUUUUGGGGUACGAAUGGCACUCCGGAAUGCAUCACGUCCGUAAGUAGAGGUACCACUGUAUAUAUAUGCCACUUUUAAUAUGCAAAAUCCAUAGUUAUUUUUGGGUCAGCCAAAAUGUCACAAAAUAGUGAGCAAACUUUCAAGUUCUCCAGAGUUCUUCCUUAGGCUAGAAGUUAAACUUGUGGUGGGGCUGGGAGAUGGUCACAUCUCCCUUUUGUCAAAUUACCCUAACCAAUGCCAUCCCUUAUCACAAGAGCAGUGUACAACAAAGCUCAUGCUGUCAACCCCACCAACCUCUGCAGCUGAUCCAACAGACUAGACUUUGUCUUCCAGCCAAAUGUCAAUGUCUGCUUCUAACAGUGGCACCCCACUGGAGCAAAAGAGGUCCACCCAGUAUGAGCAGGUGGGUGGGUGGGGAACAGAUGGCAAUGCCACUGUUAGCCUGAACAAAACAUGCUAUGGAAUUACUUAACUGCCUCCUUGUGAUUUCAACUCUGGUGGCAGUCUUGGCUCUCCAGCAUAGUUUCUGUGGCCAUGCUGGCCAUCCCAAGGUCAUGGUUGGGAAACUCUCAAUCAGAAAGUUGAGAUCAGCCUUCCCCACUCAAGUUAUGUUAAGGCUUGUUGAUACCCCUGAGCUGCACUACCCUGUAGCUCUGGCGGGCCAUCCUGCUCUGCUCUUCUUCUCAUUCCACUUAAUUCCCCUUCCAGCAAUCCAGUCCACCAGUUGUAAUUAUAGAUAACAGCCAGAAUAACAGUAGUGGAUGUUUUGAUGAGAUCAGUGAUCAUCAAGGCAGACCAUUGGUCUGUUUAUCUCAGUGUUGUUCCCAGCAACCAGCAGCAUCUCUCCAUGAUUUCACACCAGGGUCUCUUCCAAGGUCUCUACUUGGAGAUGCUGGAUAUUGAGCCUGGGACCUUCUGCCUGUGAAGCAGCAGCUCUACCACUUCUAUGUUAAUUCAUGACUUUUCAUUGUUCCUGGGUUUUUUCCAGGAGGCACAUCUUGUUUGUAAAUAAUCACAACUACUACCCAGUUGGCAUAAUGGAAAUCUGGUGUAGCAUAGUCCCUCUUGAGAUGUGGGACUGUAUGAGACAUUGGCUACAUCACCUACAAAGCCAUGGUCCAUAUAUAACAUAUGUAUGAGGAGGUCCAAUUGCUCAAAGGCACAGGCUGCUUGUUCACUGCGGGGCUAUAGAGGGUAACUUAAGCUUCUUAUUCUGCCCGUUCUUUUUAUGGCCACUCUGUAAUACUCCCUUGGUUGGUUUUCUCAUCCACUCCACAGGUCGUCUACGUUUGCAAAGGCUUUGGAGCAAAGAGUCAGAUCAGAUGUCUGAAGUAAUGUCAGAGUACAUGGAUGAAGCCGCCAGCAGUUCUAUCAUACUGAAUGUCGCGGAGCCUGUACCCACCCAUCCCACAAAGCCCUUCAAAGUCAACAAGUUCAAAGACUUCAUUCGCUGUCUGCCCAUCCACUUGUCCAAGUUCAUAUUGCGUAAGAACCCCUUGCCUUCCUCACAGUGCCAGAUUUACUUAUACACAAGCUAAAUUAAGCUACAUUCAAGGGCUUCAGAUUAUGAGGAAUCUCUAAGUACAGUCUUUUAAAAACUAAAUUUAAUGUUUUACAUAAUUGGUUAAAAAGGAGAACAGGGAAAGCAGACUCUAAAACAUACAAUAUUGCUCUGAUUUGACAACAAUAUACUUAAUGGCUACACAUUUAUCAUAUUGAGUUCAUUAAUUUGUGCAGAAAUAGCUGUAUUUUCUAAGGUGUCCAUAGUUAGAUGCUUAGUUUUUUGUUAUAUCCUUACCUGUGCCACCACCAUAUACGCCGAUAUUAAACUUCAUUAUUUCUGUGCCCAUUGCCUUUUCUGUUUUUUGUUUCUUUAAAAAAAAAAAAUGUUUUCCGGCCUCUUAAACUUGACAAAGUUUGACAAAAGCUUAGGGGCUUCAGCAUGUCUUAAAUAAAUCCCUGAAGCAGCUUUCUAAUGCUUUUAGGAAGCAACAGAGCAACAAGCUUCUCUUUGUUAUUCUCUAGGAAUGCUGGACAUGAAAUCCUUGAACAGAUGUGCUCUCGUGAGUGCACACUGGGACUUCCUGGUCAAACUAAUCAAGAGGGAUAUGAUAGCAAAUCGUGCUCUCCAAAGUGAGAUUGCAUUCCUGCAGGUACUGUGGGAUUCUCCUCAACCCUUGUGGUACUGGGCAUUGUAGCUCUUUGAGGGGCAAACUACGGUUCCCACGAUUCUUUGGGGGAAAUAAUGUGCUUUCAAUGUAUUGCGUAUCUGCAGUCAUAGUGUGUGGAGUGCAGUCAGUAAGGAUGGACCUGCCCUCCCAUGCAGAGGCCAAGCAUUAUCUUGCACCAACUGCAGCCAUUUUUGGUCUAACAUUUCAGUGUUGACAUAUUAAACUAAAUGAUUUUGUCUUCUUUCUGUUGCAGGGUUCAUGCCCUAAAGGAGCAAUUUCCAACUAUGCCAAAAUUGUCAAUGUUGCCAUUCCUCGCAUAAACUCUGAAGGUGACAUCAUCCGAAGCAAGGCCAAGUUAAUCGUAACUAUAAAGGUGCACUGUGGGUGUUCUGCAUUCCUGGAUUUUCUUGGAUUGGGUUUGAGUAGGUGGUGGGAAAUUCUUGGGCCCUAUUCAGUUCUCUGCCAUUGGUUGAUCUCUCUGUUGAGAGAGAGAGAAAGAGAAAGAUAGAAAGAGAGAGAAACCACAGAGAGAAACCAUGCCUAGAGUAUGGAAGUGUGAAGUUGUGUCAACCUGAAGCUAUGUUCCUUCUUUCCCAAAGAAAGAAAUAAUAGCCCAUAUGUGUGCACAGCUUGCGGUGGGAGUCUGCGUACCUGUCUUGUCCUAGCACACUCUCCAUACUGGGUAGAGGGGGCUUCUGAUGAUGGAAGUGGUGGUGGAGACAAAGCCCAUUUCUGCCAGUUGAAGCAGAAGGCCACCUACUUCCUCGUUUGACAUUCUCUCAUAUCACCAGCCAUCAUUGCUCCUCAUUCUGCUUUAAGGAGAAUGAAUACCUGCGCAAAGCAUAUCAUGGACAAGAGGUAGACAUUGUCAAGUUGGAAGAACGGAAUGUCUUCUGCAGUGGGUAUAAUGUCCGGAUUCUAAUAGACAGGUAUGUGUACCUGGCAAGAAGUGUGUUUUGGCUCAUUCCACCCCCCUCCCCCCCCCAAUCUCUAGAUGUGCCUCACAACAACCAAUGUUCCACAACAUAUGGGGCAUUUUGUAAACCCAUGAACCUCUGGUGAUAUUUUCAAAAUACUACAUAUAGCUUUUUCCCCAGCAGCAGCAUGCUAAGGGAAACCCUCUGUGUCUUUUAUCUGCUUCCUGCCUCUGAAUAAGUUGCCACAAGUGGUACAAGUAGAACGUACAUUCCCAUAAUACAUGCAAGUAGUCCAGUUCAGUUCCUUCAUAGAGGCCAACAACACUUGGAGGAAACCAGAUCUGGGCGGCCUGGCUUAGACUUUGGGAAAUAGUAAAAAUGACUGCAAGGAUGAAUGUUUGGUUAGUGAUGCAUCUGUUGCUACAAACAGGGAUGUGGUGUGAGGGCAUAUGAAGCUAAGCAGGUCUGGAUCUGUUUGCUGCUUGGAUGGGGGACCUCCUGGGAAUACUAUAUUAGCUGUCAUGAUGAAUUCCACCAUGGAAUAAAGGCAGGAUAUGAAAGAAAUAAGUCUAUCAAAUAAAACCAGGUUCUCCCUUCUACUUUCGUUUCCUCUUCAGUUUGGAUCCAAACAGAGUGAUUCACUAUGGUGGUGGGAAGCUGAUGGCCACUGGUUCUGUGGACCGGAAAGUCCGUUUGAUGGAUGUGGAUGAGAUGCGCUAUGUCUCUCCUGUCUUUCUGGGACAUGCUGGUAGCAUCCGGGCUGUGUACCUCAAUGAACAGAAAGGAUUGCUUCUGAGUGGCAGCUAUGAUCUCAGCAUCAGGUGAGCUGUGCUGAUCCUAACAUCUUUACAUUGCAUUUUGGGGGGAAAGGCAAAAUACGGAAGAUGUUAAGGGUACUUACGGCUCAUUUAAUUCAACGUCCCUUGAGUGCUUGUUGCUGGUGGGGCUUACAAAUACUUCACAUUGUAUUAUUAUGCUCCUUGAGUCUAAAAUAAGUUAUGUACUCCCACAACAAGGAUGAGGGCUCAGGGGUAAUCUGUGGAGAGGUGCAUUCCAGCACUGGGUGGAGCCCUAGCAAAUGAUGGUUGGAGCCAGGAAGCUCCAGAAUUAGCUACUGUAUUUUAUUUUUUAAAGAAAAUAAUUAUUCUUAUAUACCAUCCUUCAUUCUCCAAUUCCGGGGCACUUCACACAGUAAUGAAAUACAGAGCCACAGACUACAGAACACAACAACAAAUGAAACAGCAAUGCACUUGCAACUCACUUGCAGAAUUUCAAAUAAAUUGUUGGUGGACUAAUUUGUUGGUGGCUCCAGUUCUUUAGGGAGUGUCAGCUUCUGAACGUUGUUUAUUGAAACCCAGAAAGCACAUUAAAAAACAACAACAGUAUAGUGCCAUGUGUUACAUUGUAUUCCAUAAUAUAUCAUACCCAUAUCAUCACAUUAUUUAAACUUUAGUAUACACUAGAGAAGCUAUAAAACCUGGUACCAACAGAUCGGACAAGAAGAUAGGUGAAUGGAAUGUCAGAACUUAAAGCAAUUUUCAUGCACACAUCUACCAAUUCAAUCUCACCUUGGAUCGGCCAUUGCCACAUAUUGCAAAUCCCCAUACUAAUUUGGUAAGCUACAUAGUAGAAAAGGGGAAAUGAAGCAUUAACCCCAGUAUCGUAAUCCAAACAGAGAAAGACCGGGCAAAGCAUAUUGCUUCCAGAUAUUUAUUCCCAUUUGUUUGGUUGCACCCCUAUCUAGAUAUGCUUGAAAUUUCAAUAACUUGUUAUAUUUUGGCUGUGUACACUCUUCUGUUUACUCAGCAUCUCAUGCACUUCCGCUACUAGUUUGGAAAGCAAUGUAUACACCAUGUUGGCCACAAUGCGCAUCUAUUCUGUUGUUUCUUGAGAAAUACUGCAUUUUGAUGCAAUUUUCCCUAAACCCGCUUUGAUCCAAAUUGAUGGGGGAAACAGCCUAGCUAUAUUUUAAGCUGGUAACAUACAUGCAACUUCAGUGUUUGUUUCUUCUCAUCCUCUUGAUCCGUAUCUUUUAGAAUGUGGAAUAUCCUCACUGGGGCAUGUGUGAAAAUUUUCAACGGCCACACAGGAAGCAUCACUUGCCUGGAUUUGUACAAGAGCAAGUUUGUGUCUGGAUCCAAAGACUGCACAGCAAAAUGUGAGCAAAAAGUUGCCUGUCUCCCAGGGAAAUACGGGAAAAUCUACAUACUAUAGUUAAAUUUAAAUUUUGAAGAAUGAAAGGGUAAACAAUUGUAAUGCAGAACUAUGACCACAUCGUCAAGAUACUUUUAAAGCAGAAUCAUACCACUUUAAACAAACAUGGCUUCCUCCAAAGAAUCUUGGGAACUGUAGUCAUUAGAAGGUUCCUACUGGCACUGUGGUCUAAACCACUGAGCCUCUUGGGCUUGCUGAUCAGAAGGUCAGCGGUUCGAAUCUCCGCGAUGGAGUGAGCUCCCGUUGCUUGGUCCCAGCUCCUGCCAACCUAGCAGUUUGAAAGCAUGCCAAAAAGUAAAUAAAUAGGUACCACUCUGGCGGGAAGGUAAACGGUUUUUCUGUGUGCUGCUCUGGUUUCGGUGUUCCAUUGCACCAGAAGCGGCUUAGUUAUGCUGGCCACAUGACCUGGAAAAACUGUCUGCAGAAAAACGCCAGCUGCCUCGGCCUGUAAAGCGAGAUGAGCGCCGCAACCCCCAGAGUCGUAUGCGACUGGACUUAACUGUCAGGGGUCCUUUACCUUUAACUUUUAUUGCAGAAUAACAUGUUGCAGUACAUCCUCAAUACAGUCGUACCUUGGUUCUCGAAUGGCUUAGUUGCCAAACAAAUCAGCUCCCAAAUGCCGCAAACCCAGAAAUAAGUGUUCUGAUUUGCAAGCGUUUUUCGGAAGCCGAAUGUCCGACACAGCUUCCGCUUGAGUGCAGGAGACUCCUACAGCCAAUCAGAAGCUGUACCUUGGUUUUUGAACAGUUUGGGGAGUCAAAUGGACUCCCGGAACAGAUUAAGUUCGAGAAUCAAUGUACCACUGUAUCUAACAGGAGUGUUCCAGUUCAAGGAAUCAUGCCUUCCUCCAUAAGUUGCAAGGGGCUCAAGCAAGACUGUUCACACACACAGUUUUCCAUUUUUCCUCUCCAGUAGACACUUGGCAUUCUAUUUUGGCUGAAGGCCACUAAGGCUGCUCAGUCCUCAUUGGGAUCUUCUUUUCUGCUUCCAGAGCAAGUUCUGGGGGUUGCUUGGUCAUCCUACCAAUCUCAGGAGGAAGGGGACUGAGUGACUCUUUGGAGCAUAUGCUGCUGCUAAACAUGCUGCCACCUUUAGAGAUUUUUUUGCAAGAGAGUACUGUCCAUCUCCCAGCUUGUCUGUGUCUUUGGCAAGGUCUCUGAGAUCCUGCACUCGUCACUUCAGCUUAAUGGCACCAGGGGACUGCUCAGGGUUGUGGGGAAAUGAAUUAACGGCAUCUUUUUGUGUUUUUCACAGUGUGGGAUAUAGAAACUGGAAAGUGCGUUAAGACUUUCGCGCACAAAGCUAUUGUUUGGGCUGCUAAGAUGAAUGAAACACAUGUCGUGAGUGCCUGCGAUAAGGGCAUAGUGAAAGUGUGGCAUGCUGAGACAUGUAUACUGAUAAAGGUAAGAUUUAAAACGCAGCGGCUGACUCUGAAAAUGCUGUCAGCUCAGUAUGUGGCACCAAGCAACACAUUUAAGGUGGAGUCAGAGCAGUGGUGGGGAAACUCAGGCCGGAGUGGGUGGGCGGGCGGCUAAUAUGGCCCUCCAUACUUCUCUACUGCUCUUGCCAAAAGUUUGUAUGCAACAAUGGGGCUCUAUCUUCCUUGGGAACACAGAGAAAGGUCAGCGAGACCUUUCAAGCUUCUUUGGCAUUUCAUGAAUACAGGGAUAGCAAAGGGACUAACCCAGGCAAAUGUCAAACAAUCAGAAGAGAGCUGGCUUACAGUGACCACUCAUUCAGAGUGAAAUAUGGGAACUGAACCUGGCAGCUGGGGUUUUCUAGGCAGCAAUAGGAAUUUAGUGUGCAACUUCACCAAAAGUGGUUGCUAAUUGCAAUACAUCAUGUCUGUGACACACUCAUAGAAUUCUGAAUGUUUGGUGAGGCAAACCUUCUCUGAGAGAAAGUCUUGCUGGUCUUUCUUCAGCGGGACUUGUUCGUCUAUAUGUUUAAUUAUGCUUUCUACAAAUUUUCCUGGGAUUGAAAUUAGCCUAAUCAGUCUGAUGAUUCCUUGCUCCCCACUAUUUUUAAAGGGGUUAUUUUGAUCCUUUCCCACUCCAGCAAGAAAGCUGACAUUUCUGAUAGGUUAGAUGCUUAGAAUUCAGCAACAGGCGGACAGUGUAGGUUAGUCACAUCUUUACCACCAACAAAGUAAACAAUGGCAUCAUAAUCCUGUGGUUGCUGGAACCCUCUAAAGAGCAUGCAAAAACAAAUCUGUUUCGUUUUCCAGACUUUACAAGGCCAUCUGGGCCCUGUGACGUGCCUGUCGUUUGAUGAUUGGCAUCUUCUGACCGGAAGCAAUGACGGCUAUAUCCUGGGAUGGAGCAUGCUGGGAAAUCACAAGAGAUGCCUGGGGGCUUUCAGACACCCCAUGUAGGUAUUGUUUAUUGCGGUUGAAAAGCUGCAGACUUUGUGAUGUCCUUAGCAAUGACUCUUGAUCCUUAUGUGUUUGUAGUAGUUUUUAUAAAGGACAAAGCUAACUGGAACUGUGAAUCUUCCCCAUUGCCAAAAUCCCUUCUGUACGAGAUGAGGCAGCUCUCUGCUUUUGAACCAUACAAGGUUUAUCUUUUCUUUUAACUCCCACCCACCUCCAAGAUGGCAAAAACCUAAGACCAGAGAACCUAGCAUGACUCUACUAUGAAUGGCUUGUCUCCACCUUCAAAGGUCCUCUACGUUAAAGCUGUUCAUAGGAUUUACCACUUCAGUUAAUAUUUAGUCUAUAUCACAUCUCAAAAGUGAUGGUGUUGUGAACUGGUAAUGAUGAAAGGAUACAGCGAGAAAGAAGGCAUGUGGUUACAGGCCUCUGAAAGAUGGUGGCCAUUUUUCACUUUCCAUCUCCAUCAGACUACUUUACUCCAGAAAGGCAGCAAGUUGUGCCUCUUCAUUCACUAGGGAAUGGUGAUCAUGCUGGCUGGAGCUGAUGAAGGUUGGAGUCCAACAACAGUUGAAGAGUCACCUACUCUUGCUGUACUCUCUGUGGUCCUCUUCUCUAAGUUCGUCUCAGUUCUCCCAGGUUCCUGCUGGCCUGCCUUGGCACAUAGAAGAAGGUGCCUCUAGCAUCUCUGGACUCGAGCCAAUGCCAGUUCUCAGUUCAGGCAGUUCUCCACCCAGCGCCUUAUGUCAGCAUACAAUCCUUCAACACGGUGUUGAUUUCCUUUCUCCCUCAACUGCCUAAAAGUAAAUUGGCUCACAUUUUGUUUGCUUACGUUUAGCGCUCUGCUGAUCCGGGUGCGUUCUUGCAGUAACUUUUCACUUCAGGUGGCAGCCUGUUUAAACCUCAAUUUGUCAUUUUCCUAGUAAACAGCACUUGCUUGACAUAUUUUCUGCUCAGAGUAACACAUGAGGGAAGGGCAGGAACUAGGGGUGUGUCAGGGAACGGCCAUCAGUGUCCGAGGGAGAGAGCAAGCUCCAAAGAGAUCCCAGAGAGCGUCCCGGGAGUGGGAGAGGCAGCCCGUCUUCUGGGGAAGAGAAUCAACGUAGCUCCAGUGGAGAAGGGGGGCAGGUGGGGGAAUCGGCGAGGCGGUCCCAUGACUCCUUCCCAGGGACCAGCAAGGAGAGGAAGGGUCCUCCGCUGCCCACGCCCUCCUUGCGCAGAAGGCUUCCGCGCAGGGAGAGUAGGAGGAGACUUGGCGUCAAAGAGCUUCUUUGCUGGAAGAAGUUUAAGAAACGCCCACUGACGGAUUGUGCCAGCAAUUGAGACAGUCACGGGCGAGUGGCUGCCCGGACAGGAAAGGUUCACUCAGGUAACCCAGCCAGAGGUUGGGACAAGCUUACGCACGAGCAAUCCCUAGAACCAUUACAGCAAUCCGUCAGUCCCUGACGUUGCUUGUGCACAGCCCCGGAGAGGCAGCAAGAUGAGCCAAACAGAGCCGGCCGGAGGGACAGAGCAAGAAGCCCUGGUGUGAGGUCUGGUCGAGAGGAACCGAGACCUGGAGGCGCAUGUAGCUACCCUGACGGCACGGCUGGAGGAGAGACGGGCUCAGGAUGCACAGGUCAGAGCCACCCCAAUAGGGAGGAAGGUUCAGGGGCUGGUACACAAGUUUGGUGGAAAGCCCCAAGACUACAAUGCCUUCCGAACGGAAAUUCAGUACGCUUUGGAAGUGCAGAAAAAUGACUUUGCUGAUGACGGGGAGAGGGUGGCUUACAUUGUUGGACAUCUGCAGGAUGGGGCGCGCGAAUGGAUCAGGCCCCUAAUGGUGACGCAGAAUGAUGCAUUGAAAGAUCUUAAGAAAUUCUACCAGGCAAUGGACGCAAUGUUCUCCAGCGAGGUGCAGCAAAGCGUGACACGGAGGGAGCUGAUGGGGUGCAAGCAGGGGAGCCUGUCCGUCAGAAACUACUGGUCGCGUUUCGCGAUGUUAGUCCACAAACUUGGGUGGGAUCUGAGCUCUGAACCGAUGCAAAUGUUGUUUGAGGCGGGUUUGUCCCCCGAAGUGAAAGACGAGUUGUCCCGAGCGCCCCGCCUGCGGUCGAUGGAUGAACUCACAAAGACUGUGCUUGCGAUCGAUGUACGCCAGGAAGCGUGGGCUCAAGAGAAGCGGGAGAUAAGGGCGGAACGUUUCCAUGACAACCGCAUUCCCGAGUUGCCCAGGGAGCCUUCCCAGGUGGCGGAGCCGAUGGAAAUUGAUGGAGCUCGCGCGUGCGCGAAGUUUCAAACGCUGGUGAAGGUCAGAAAAGGGAGGGAAAGGAGUGGAAAACUACCAAGAAGUGUUUCCUCUGUCAGCGACUGGGACAUUUUGCCAAGGUCUGCCCUCAGCGAAAGGCCUGGCAAGGCAUGAUGGGGGCUGCAGACCACGACGAGAAGGAGGAGGAGGGGCAGGUGCAGGGAAACGACAACGCCUGGCUGCCAACCAGCGGGGGCAGCAGCCAGGCCAGCCACCAAUAAAAGUGCCCCAGCCUGACCAUCCCCCCCAAGGCAGCUAUAGCCAUAGAGGUGGUGCUAGAACUCCCAAACGGGCACCCCGUCAAAGUGAAGGGACUGCUAGAUUCGGGCAGCUCGUGUAAUUUCUUCAGCAGAGACUUCGCUCUGGAACACCAACUCCACCUGUUACCACUAGACUUUCCCUUGCAGGUGACCACCAUUGAUGGCAGGGAACUCCGGGGGGGGGGGAGUGACGCACCAGACACCGCCAAUGUGAAUGAGGGUUUCCAGGCACACGGAAACCAUUGCCUUUCACGUGGCCACGCUGGCAGGACCCCCAAUAAUACUGGGAAUGAGCUGGCUGGCAAUGCAUGACCCAGUGGUGUCAUGGCAUCAGCGGUCGGUCACCUUUGGGUCAGCUUACUGCUUAGAGCACUGUCUGGGAGGGAAGGAACCCAGAAUGGCGGAGACCAGGGUGGCUGGGUUGGCCCUGGAGCAAAAAGGGGAGGUGCCACCACAAUAUGCUGAUCUGAAGGAGGUCUUCAGCGAAAGGGAGGCAGAUAAGCUGCCCCCCCACAGGCCCUUUGACUGCCAAAUCAACCUGCUUCCAGGGGCUCAGUUACCAGUGGGUAAGCUGUAUGCCAUGUCCAACCGGGAGAUGCAGGAGCUAUGGCAGUUUAUUGACAAGAACCUGAAGAGAGGUUUCAUAAGGGAAUCCAAGGCGGUGGGGGGCAGUCCAGUGUUCUUUGUGGACAAAAAGGAGACUAACCAGCCCAGAUUAGUCGUGGAUUACCGGGCCCUAAACCUGGUAUCAGAACCCGUGACUUUCCCAAUGCCCAGGAUUGAUGAUAUUUUGACACGUGUGAGGCAGGGGAAGAUUUUUACCAAGCUGGACCUCAGGGGAGCCUACAAUCUGAUUAGGAUAAGGGAGGGGGACGAAUGGAAAACGACUAUGUUCACCCCCCCUGGGGGCUUUUGAGUACUUAGUCAUGCCAUUUGGAUUACAAUCGGGCUCUGCCUGCUUUCAAGCAUUCAUGCAUCAUGUGUUGGGGCCCCUGCUGUACAAGAAUUGCGUAGCCUUUUUGGACGAUGUCUUAAUCUAUUCGGACGAUGAAAAGCAACACGUCAGAGAUGUCAGGGAGGUGCUACAGAGAUUGAAGAAGCAUCAGUUGUGGGUCAAGCUGGAAAAAUGCCAAUUCCAUGCCAAGGAGGUCGAGUUCCUGGGCUACAGGCUGUCAGACAAAGGACUGGCCAUGGAUCCGGGCAAGGUAAAGGCAGUGCUUCAAUGGAAAGCCCCCAAAAUCAGAAAGGAUGUGCAAAGGUUCCUAGGCUUCAGCAACUUCUACAGGAAGUUCAUAAAGAACUUCGCUCACUUGACAGCGCCCAUAACGGAUUGUCUUAGUAGCAAAAAGAAGUUCACGUGGACAGAGGAUGCGCAGCAAUCCUUUGAAAAACUGAAGAGGGCGUUCGCCUCGGAAGAGCAGCUCCUGCACGUGGAUCAGGAGAAGCCCAUGAGACUGGAAACGGACACGUCCAACCGCGCCAUUGGAGCGGUCCUUUUGCAACCCGGGGCCAAGCAGAACUGGAGGCUGUGUGCCUUUUUCUCCAGGAAGCUGAGCAAGUCAGAGCAAAACUACACCGUGUAUGACCGAGAACGGCUUGUGAUCUAUGCGGCAUUUCGGCGAUGCAGACAUCUGUUGAUAGGGGUGCAGCACAAGAUCCAGGUCCGAACUGACCACAAGAACUUGGAAUACUGGCGGACCGCGCGAGUGCUCAACCAGAGACAGAUCAGGUGGUCCCAGGAGUUCGCCACGUUUUCCUUCGAGAUCCGAUACGUGCCGGGAGAGGAGAACGUAAGGGCAGAUACUCUCUCCCAGAAACCGGAGUACAUGGAAGGAGAAGGGCCACCAGAGACCAGGCACGUGUUCCCCGAGGACCGGUGGGUGUGGGGGGGGGGCGUUGGUUGGCAAACGAGAACUGGCAGGGCUCACCAGAGACGAUGAGUUUGCUCAGACAAAGAUCAGGGAGCUCAGGGAUGGAAAGGAAGUCCAUGGAGGGUUUGAGGAAAAGGAAGGGCUACUGUACUAUAAGGGGCACUGUAUGUACCGGGGGAGACUUUGAGGGGGAAGGUACUUAAGCAACUCCAUGACAACCCAACAGCUGGGCAUUUUGGACAGCACAAGACCAUGCUACUGGUCACCAGGCAAUUCUGGUGGCCAAAGGUGAGGGAAGACGUAUGAGAAUAUGUACGAGGGUGCGACCGAUGCCAGAGGGCUAAGGGGGAAAGGGCCGCCCCCGCGGGGCUACUGGAACCCUUACCCACACCGGGAAGGCCCUGGGAGGUGGUGUCCAUUGAUUUUAUGACAGAUCUGCCCAAGUCUAGGGGAAAGACAGCGGUCAUGGUAGUAGUUGAUCUACUGACUAAAAUGUGCCAUUUCGUAGCUUGCUCACAUGCAGCAACGGCAGAGGAGACCGCCAGGCUGUUUGUGAAUCACAUUUUCAGACUGCAUGGGGCUCCUUUAAGGGUAAUCUCGGAUCGUGGGAAACAAUUUACUUCCCGGUUCUGGCGGAAACUCAUGAGCUUGCUACAGGUUGAGGUGAGCUUCUUGACGGCGAGGCAUCCGGAAACCAACGGACAAGCUGAAAGAGCGAAUGGCAUACUCCAGCAAUACCUACGCUGCUAUGUCAGCGAAAGACAGAACGAUUGGGUAGAGAAAUUAGCUUUGGCUGAAUUUGCAUACAAUAACUCUGAACACGUGUCCACGGGAAUGAGCCCUUUCAUGGCCAAUUACGGGUGUCACCCCUGGGCAUUCCCGGGGCGGGGGGAGGAAGGAUGGAGUGUACCUGCGGCUGAGCAAUUUGUGGAGGAAAUGGAGGCCUUACACCAGCAACUAAGGCUGAACUUGGAGCGGGCCAAGGAAGUGUACAAGAGGCAGGUGGACAGGCACCGUCGAGAGGGGGAGGCCAUACGGGUGGGAGACCGGGUGUGGUUGUCAUCCAAAGGGUUGCCCCUAAAGGGAGGGUGCAAGAAGUUGCAGCCGAGGCGGCUGGGGCCUUUUGAGGUAAUACAGCAGGUGAACCCAGUGGCAUUUAAACUCAAGGUGCCUGACAGCAUGAAGAUACAUCCGGUGUUCCAUAGGUCCCUACUUUCACCUUACAGGGAGGGGCAGGAAUUCCCGGGACGGGAGGGAGGGGUUACCACCCACCCGCAGGUAGAGGAGAGGGAACACUGUAACGAAGCCACGGAAAUACUCGAUUCAAGGUGGCGAGGUCGCCAGGUAGAGUACUUGGUAGCCUGGGAGGGGGAACCUAGGUCAGAAAACACUUGGGUCCCUGCUGAAUCAAUCACUGACGGGUAUCUGGUGGAAGAAUUCCACAGUUUGUUCCUGGAUAAGCCCAAACCAUUAGCGAGAUUCUGGGAGGAGGAAUUUGGACCCACGGACGACGAAGGGGAUUUUGUGGGUUUUCCUGCCUCCGAAGAAGAGGGAGAGGAGGUGUCCGAGGGAGAAGAAUCAGACUGGGAGGGUCAACCAGCGGAAAGAGAUCCAAGAGGAUGGGAGGCUGGUUUUGAAUCCUCAGAAGAUGAUGCCAGCUCUUUCAGGGGAUUUCCCACAUCGUUGGCCGAGGAGAGGGAGGAGGUUGUGCCGGAAGAUCGCGCCCGGGGUGGGAGGGGUCCUGAGGAGGAGGUGGAUGUCAGGGAACUGCCAUCAGUGUCCGAGGGAGAGAGCAAGCUCCAAAGAGAUCCCAGAGAGCGUCCCAGGAGUGGGAGAGGCAGCCUGUCUUCUGGGGAAGAGAAUCAACGUAGCUCCAGUGGAGAAGGGGGUAGAUGGGGGAAUCGGCGAGGCGGUCCCAUGAUUCCUUGCCGGGGACCAGCGAGGAGAGGAAGGGUCCUCCGCUGCCCACACCCUCCUUGCGCAAAAGGCUUCCGCGCAGGGAGAGUAGGAGGAGAUUUGGCGUCGAAGAGCUUCUUUGCUGGAAGAAGUUUAAGAAACGCCCACUGACGGAUUCUGCCAGCGAUUGAGACAGUCACGGGCGAGUGGCUGCCCGGACAGGAAAGGUUCACUCAGGCAACCCAGCCAGAGGUUGGGACAAGCUUACGCACGAGCAACCCCUAGAACCAUUACAGGGUGGUAUUCCACUAAGUUCUACUUAGAAUAGACUAAUUCAAAUUAAUGAACAUUGACUGCAUUAUGUGCAUUCUACGUGUGUGUGCAAAUAGACAAAGCUGUACUAGUGGAGUAAUAAUCCCCUCCAACUUCACCUCAGUCAUGAAUAUUCCUUGUAAAACACAUCCUCUGUUUACUUUGAGGAGUGUUAAUUCAUCAUUCUACACCAAGACACCUUUACAGUCUCAAUGUUGUCCUCAUAAGAGCAAGUGCUGUAUUUCAACAACUUUCCUUGUUUGUAGGGAGGUUCUGUCCCUGGGAUUUCUCUAUCUCAGAGUCAUCAGUGGCUGUGCGGAUGGGAAGAUACGCAUAUUCAACUUCCUGACAGGGACCUGCCUGAGAGUUUUGAGAGCCAAUAGCAGAGGUGACCCCGUGGUGUCCUUCUGUAUAGUGGAAAACACGUAGGUUGCAGACAUUAUUUCCCAGUUCUUAAAUAAUAAAGGUUGUCAUAUACAUUUCUGAGGAAAUGUGUGGGCUGGCUUGUGAAGGGCCUUGGAUUGCUUCUGGGGUGAUUGUCUGAAUUGCUGGUGGACAGCACUGCUUUGCAGUGGUUCUGGUCCUGUUUGGAGGGAUGUUUCCAGAGAGUGACGCUUGGGGAGUGCUCUUCAGCCCUGUGGAGUCUUCAGUGCAGGGUUCCUCAGGGUUUGAUGUUAUCCCCUAUGGCUGUUUAACAUCUACAUGAAACCAAUGGAACCACCCCCAUGCAAAUGACAGCUUUAGAGGAGCAAUUUUCAUUAGGAUUGCACCAAGGGAAAAAGAGUUUAAAACUUCUCCUCCCCCAUUUGCUACAAUUCUAUAAUUCUCAGUCUUCCACCCCGCCACGUGAUUGCUAUUUGCAUUUGAAAAAAAAAAAAUCAUGUCACUAGUUGCAGGAAAAGGCAGUGUGGCAGUAAGCUACAUCCAUACCACCUUUCCUUCCUUGCAGAUUGAAGGUUAUAAUAAUGCCUCACUCCUCAGUUUAUAGCACUACACGUUUGGUACUUUCUGACAGUUGGCCAUGGUGUUUUCUCACUACCUUUGCCUUUCUUUUAGGCUACUGGUCAAUGCACUGGGCAGUGUGGUUAUGUUCCAGUUUGAGGAAGUAGUUUGGGACCACACACUAGCUUCCGAACAACUAACUAAAAGGAAAGAAAAGAGCAAAUUUGACGACAAAGCGUUGCAAAUAAUGCCGCCACAUUUACUUUCUGGGCGGAAGAAACGGUCCCACAGGAAUAAAUGGAAGCUUUACAACACCAAAACAGUAUUUUCCUAUGACAUUAUUCGGAAGUCGACGAAAUACUUCAGAAAUGCUACUCCAGGUACUGCUCCUGAUGCCCAUCAAGUAUUAAGUUAAAUGGCAGGUGAAAUCCUGCAAGUGUUGGUAGGCGUCAAGAAGGGAGGGACUUCUUCACCCUUUUACAAAUUCUUCCAGGGUGUUUAGAUGGCUUGUAUACAGCCUCAGUCAUCUCUCCUUUAAAUUCUAAUACCCUGUGAUGAUAAGCAUCACAUUUGAUCUAUGUUGCAUUUGACAUGCAGUAAAAGGGUGGUCUGAUCCUCCUUUUAUCACUCACAAAGAGGAAUGAAAAAUCUAUCUGUACUCCAAAUGUUGUUGGACUAUAACUCAUAUCAUAUGCAGCCAGUUUAGCCAAUGAUUAGAGAUGAUAACUGCUGUCAAGCAACAUCUGGGGACCUCAGUUUGAAGGAUAUAUCAUCAUUUAGGAUUAUGUGAGCAAUCUGCAGUGAGUCUUGGGCUCACACAACUGCCCCUGCCACUCUGCUGUGGCUACAAAGAAGAGUUUGGAAGGUUUUGCUCAACCACAGCUUGCUUGUUUUGCCCCAACUGCAAAACCAUGGUUGACAUUAGCGAUGGUUUAUUUGACACAAGCUAGCUUUGAACUACAUUGACAUUAAGCACAGCUUAUUGAUUUGGAGAACUCAACAAGCUGUGGCUACGCAGAAGUGAGAGCUUCCAAGUGCCUCUUCAUGGCUGUACCAGAGAAGAUGGGUGACCUUUCAAACCUGAGGCUUGCGGCGGCUCACUCCAGCUUGUUCAUCAAACUAUGCUUUAGCAUGGCACCCCAAUGCAGCCAUUGAGUUGUGCAAGUGCUGAGUAAUCAGACUCCUUUUGCCCACUCAGUUUGCUGCAGGGUAAAGCAAACUCAACCAAAAUCUGAGCAUAUGAACCAGCUCUGGGUACAUAUGCAAAACAGACGGCUGUGUGGGGAUAUUUCAGGUCAUUGGUGGCUGUUUGAAGAGAGACAGAUUUAUCUGUAGGUUUUAAUAACACAAGUGCUCUGCAAUGUCCUACUUUAUACUGUUUUGUGGAUAGGUAAACAGCAGAACUCAUGUAAUAUAAUCAGGGAUUUGUGAGCAGGAUUGGGGAAGCCUUAUGCCCAGAGACCAAAUCCAGACUGCAAUGCAUCCUUACAAUAAGAUAACACCUCUUACUGGCCUGGAUGAAGGAUGGAGACACGUGGCUGUGUGUGUGUGUGUGCAUGCGCACACAUGCGCAUGCAGAAACCUAGCACGUUUGUGUGGCUAGAGUCUCAGCUACUAUAGGAAGAUAAAAGUUACAUCCAUUGUUCAUCCACUUGGGCCACACCCAAGACUGUCACGUGACCCCUAAAAGGUUCUCCAUGAGGAAAUGUGGCUUUAGACUAGAAAAGAUACAAUCUAGGGCCACCUUCACUUCCUCAGAUGGCGUCAUAUUCUGCUUGAUGACAUUCUCCUAGGUUAUUAUUGCUUAAACUUAUUAGUCACUUUUCUUUUUUAGAUAUACAAAAGUUACUCAAAGCAACUUAACAACAAUAAACAUAUAACACAUAUAUUAAAAGCAGCAUUAAAACAAUUAUAAAACCUACCUCCAUUACAGAAAGAAAGGCUGGAUAUUUCUGGGUUCCUAGGAAUAUUCAUCAGGAAUCCUUGUGUAGUUUUGCAAGAUGGGUUUGAUCUUGGUUCUCUGGAAUAAUGAAGAGUAAGACUGGUUUCUACUGAAGAACUCCUUUUGAAUGUAUUCUAAUAAGUUCUUAAGAAUUAUACAAGACCAACUACACAGUAGUUAGAUAUCCCUUCUGUGAAGAAGUCCUAUCAGACUACUUUUCACAUUUUUCUAAUUUCACAAACCGCAGCAAUAUUCAAAUUAACUAGAAUUUCUGGAGAGAAGAAACAGAUAUCAAGUGAUACAUUGCUCAUACAUGUUUAGGAUGUUUGUAGCUGAUACAAAACUGAUAAGCACAAGCUCACUGGCAUGCACAGUCCCACUGAUCCACAAAACACAACUCUGGAGUUAAGCCAUUUGAAGAUUGCAGCCAUAUAGCCAUAUUCUCAUAUACUUGGAAGAAAGUCCGACUGAGUUCAGUAGGACUUCCUUCACAAUAAGUGUGCUUUGGAGACAGCAGCUGAAAUGAUUCCCUUCUUUUCUAGCUCUUCGUUAUCAAAUUUCGAAGGAACCUCUUCCCAGGAUGCGCGAAAAUGUGGUAACCCUGGAAAUGAAGCCAGAUGAGCAGACUAGACUCUUUUCUAUUGCCGCUCGUUCAAAAUCUGUAACAACUCUAGUAGGUAAGGAACUAUGGUGUAUUGAAAAUGUGCAGCUGCAUUUAAAGGUGCCACUUGUUCCUGUAGUCCAGCUUUAGGCCACCAGAGCUGAUUAGCAUACUCAAAAUAAACAGUAUGCAAAUUGUAGAUUUGGGAGGUGUAGUGGAAAUGCCAAAGGAUCGAGCAGGCUUAGGAUUGGCCUUGCGCAAUCAACUGUUCCUUUAAGGCUGCAUGUCCUUGCAGGAGCCCUCCUGCCCUUGAGGGUGGCCCAGCUGGGGCUCGAUUGCCCAGAUUAUGGGACUGGGAGGAGCCCUAUUCAUCCCAGGUGACGGCCGGGGAGGCAUUUGAUGCAGAGAGUCUGGGUGCAGGGCAACGUAGUCAACGUUACUGCAUCACAGACUGGACGCUGCUGUUCCUGAGGCCGCCCCUCCCCCCAUGGCUGGAACAAGGGAUUUGGUGAUCUGGUGCUAUAUGUGGGUUGUCUGAGUGAAGGUAUUGUGGGGAUAGCUUCUUGGUGAUUGUUUCUUUGUGUAAGAGGGUGAAUCAUAGAUUGUUUGGGGAGGUUUUACACGAGAAGCCUAUUUUGUUCAAAUAAAAAUCUUUCCCCUCACUAAGCACUCUAUGGUCCAUCAAAGAUCCAUUAAAGAACCUGCUAUUGACUUGGCAAAACAGAAGGGGGGAAAGUAGAUUUUAAAACAGAUUGACGGAAUGUGAGGGUGAGGAAAGUAAAAUGCGGGUCAGGGCACGGGAAUAUCCUUUACUACAUGUUAAAGUGAAAUAGUAAAGACACAGGUGGGAAAUGGGAUAAACAAAGCACCACAAAGCAGCAGGUUAAGGGAUGUUCAAUUAGAAAGAGAAACAGAGCCAAUAUACAUUUUAGAUCGUACAAAUGUCAAACACGUACUCUACCCUUCGUCUCCAUAACAUCCACUUCACACUCCUGCAUGACAUAAUAGUAGCCUGGAACUGUGCUUGUCUUGGCGCACCAUGGCAACCACUUUGACAUCAGCAACAAUGAAUUCAUCUCACAGUAAACCCAGUGCUGCAGUUAGGUGAGUUGAAGACUUCGGGCCCUCCUUUACAUGGUAAUGUGCAGAGUGAACUCCACAUUUUUGUGAGCCAUUGAGCAACAAGCUUAUCAUCUGGCACCACUCCUUCCUCCUAGUCAUAUCCCUUCCCUCUUUGGACUCUUGCCUUUAAAACUAAAGUGUCAGCCAACAUGAUUUAUUCCUCCCCACCUCAAACAAACACCCAUGCCUUCUCCCCAUCCUGCUCUACUCAUCAGGCUUUGCAGGCCCCUACCUACCCACCCAUAUUCAGUCAUUCAGCCCCCCUCCAUCCUGCACAAACCACAGCCCCCAGUCCCACAGAGAGAGGGGAGGGGAAGCAUUCAGCAGGAAGCUAGCUACUCCUCUUCUAGCUCUUCUGACAGGGGAGCUCCUGAUUCCACCAUCCCCAUAGGUUCCUCUUUCAAUCCAUGGAUUUUUAAAAGACUUCAUUUGGGGGGGGGGGGGUCUUCUGAUUAUUUACUCUACCAAGUAGGGAACCAGACCUGUGCUCCAAGUUCUGCCCUGCCUUCCCCCAGGUGCUAAUCUUCACUCAUCUCACUUUUAUUUUUGAAAACAGGAGAUGAGUUAGAGGAAAACAAGCCCUUAGCCAGCAACUUUGCAUUGGGCCAGGAUGCUGAUGCUUUCGUAAAGCACAUAAAGAAGAGGCGUUUCCAUGGUCCCCUGUCUGGUGACCAGAUACUUCUCACUGUUAGCACAAUGCAGCAUGCCUACCAGACAGACCAAGUCAGUGCCAACAUGGCAUACAAUAUGAACAUCAAAGAUGCCUGGGGGCCUGCCUUUCUCCAGAAAAAUUUGCCCAAAAAGACCCCUGCUGCCCAAAGUCCAGAGCAACUGAAAAUGGAUCCAUCAACCCAGCUGAAACGACUGAAGGCUGCCCGUUGCAUGAUUGGCAUGGAAAGGAUUUCCACACCUUAUGAAACCAAAACGCUGCAGUUAAGCUUAAAGAACUCCUUGCUUGGAAGCAGGGUGAAAUCCUUCAUCCCAGCCCCCACUAUUACACGUUCCCAAUCAUGCAGCAACUUGGCCAGAGGGGGGAAAAUUUCUCGCCAGGCAAAGAUACCAUCUCCACCUGCCAUAGGGCAUGUCGUUGGUCACUUUACAAGCUCUGUCGAAUCCAUCAAAGUGCCCCGAAUGAAGAUUGCCCAACCCGAUAGAGACAUGAUACCACGGCGACCCAAACUCUUCUUCACCCACACCCCAAACCCAUACCGGCUCAAUUCUGGGUUCCGGCUUUUGACAACCCAACAGAUGAAAGAGUAUGAAGAAGCUAAGGCGCACGAGUAUCAGGCACAGAAGACCAAGGUUAUAGCAAACAGAGAAAAAGAGUGUAAAAAUGCCUGGCUAAGGAAAAUUAAAGGUCUUCCCAUCGACGAUUUCAACAAGGCGGGCAAAGUUGCAGCUCCUGAACUUGGAGAGAAUGUUUUCAUCUGAACUUCGCUUUUCAAAGCAGCCUGCUAGUCCUUCCAAACAACUGCCUACAAACCAAACAGCUGGCACUGGAGAGCUUUGGGCUGAAUUUUUACCCUCAGCUUGAAGCUACCUUUCAGAAAAUGCUAACAAACUCUAUUGAAUUCUCCAGAUUUUCACAUAGCUGAGAAGGUGGGACUCUGGGCUGCACUGGGGGUGGGGUGGGCUGGAUAUGAUGGGGAAACUACUUCACUCCCCAAAGAAAUGUCUUUCCAGUUUGCAAUGAGUGCUCCUGGUCUCUAGAGAAAGGUUUAUUAACAUGACUCUAGAAUGAUUCUGUUUGUAAGCUUUGUUUCUAAGACUGUGUGUACACUUCUCAGAGCUCACCAUAUAGCCCAAAUCUUAAUAAAAAUAUUCUAAACUUUGCAGUCUUAUUGAGGACAUCCUCCAGGUGUCCAAGAGUCACCAUCAAUUAAUAUAUGUUCACAAAAUAAAGAAACCUGGCUACAACAGCUCUUACAGCGGUACCUGCUUUGUAAUGAACUUGUUUUCUUACUUGUUGCUUUUCAUGUGGGUCUUGUUCCCACCUUCCAAACAGGGUGGAAGGAGCAGCAUAUUAAAUUCCCCGCAAUAUCAGACUGUCUCUAUCCCACUUCAUGUUUAAGUGGGCCUUAAAGACAAUUUUUUUCUCUCUGCAGCCUUCAAUAGUUGAAAUAAAUUAGACUGCUAAUUCUAUACAAUAUUCCAAAUUGUUAAUAUGUUGAGUUUAUGCUGGGCUGGCUAAUAGUUUGGGGUAACUUUUUAGUUAUUAGUGUGGUUUUAAUUUAGUGUUUUAAAAUGUUAUUUGUGUUGGUUGGUGUUUUUUGUAUAUUUAUUAAGUUUAUUUAUUAAACUUUGAAGUAUCUAGGACAAUAUCGUUCCUCUAACACUGAAAGCCUAAAAUAUACCUUAGAGUGACAGGUCUGAGAGUAUGCUUAGCAUCUCCUUCACAGGAAGAAGUUGAGCAGAUCCAUUUUGUCCCAGAUGCUGGUGUGGUUUUGGCAUUGAUUCAUCUUUGACACCUGCUUUGUGUGGUUCACAAAUUAUACAAGGGGGAAGACAAGGGGAUAACUAAUCCCAUUUUAAAGAAGUCCAACCAGAUGAUCCCCAUCUUGGCACAGAGCUGUAAAUCUAACUUGAUGAGACCAGCUGAAACUGAAAUGUUGUUUAAAUUGUGUGUUAUUAAAUUAUUGUUUUGUGGUUGGUUUUACUGUUGUUGUUUUAAUUUGAACAUUGUAAGCCACCCAAAGAUCCUGACAGUUUACAGGCUUUGUGUUACUAUUUCAGAUAAAUUAAUAAACAAAAUAAAUAAA